AGAUUAACUACUAAACCCCCCAUUUCUCUUCUGGUUAGGGUUUUCGAGCAACAAUGGCUUCUUCUUCGUCUUCGGAGAAGGUGAUUGAGAUAGACGAAGAGCUCGAAGCAGACCAAGUCCACACAACCGAUUACUUCUUCGACAGGAUUGGAGAACCCGUCCCUCUCAAGCCUCCUCCCUUUAACUUCGAUCUCAAUUCCCUUCCUUCCCAACCCCUCGCCCUCUCCGAGCUCCACGGCCUCCUCUUCCUCGCUCACUCUUCUGGGUUUUGCGUUGCAAGGACCAAGGAUGUUAUAGCUCUCGCCCUUGAAAUUAAGGAAAAGGGAACUGCUGCUUCUUCUUCUAUUCAGCAGUCCAGCCUUGUGGAUGUUCCUCUUGGAGAAGUUCGUAUUUUGGCGCUUUCUCACGACGAGUCCACUCUUGCCGCUACUGUUGGGGCUGACAUUCAUUUUUUCUCCGUCGAUUUGCUUAUUGCCGUUAAGGAACCAAUACCAGCUUUCUCGUGCUCGGUGGACGAGUCAAGCUACGUUAAAGACUUGCGGUGGAGAAAAAAAUCUGAGAAUUCUUAUCUGGUUCUUUCAAAUACUGGGAGUCUCUAUCGAGGAACUCUUGAUGGUCCCAUUAAACAUGUCAUGGACGACGUUGAUGCUGUUGAGUGGAAUGCGAAAGGAAAUUAUAUUGCUUUGGCAAGAAAGGAUAUGCUUAACAUCUUGUCAUCUAAGUUUAAGGAAAAAUCACACGUGGUACUUCCAUUCAAGUCUUGGAUUGGUGACUCUGAUGCGGAUUGCAAUGUGAAAGUGGAUUCUAUCAGGUGGGUUCGUCCAGAUAGCAUCAUAUUAGGAUGCUUUCAACUGGCGGAAGAUGGAAGUGAAGAAAAUUACUAUGUACAAGUUAUUAAAAGCAAGGGAGGGAAAAUUUCUGAUGCCUCCAGCAAGUCAGUUGCCAUAUCUUUCUAUGAUUUGUUUUCGGGUGUUGUUGAUGACAUUCUGCCAUUUGGAAGCGGACCUUAUUUAUUAAUGAGCUAUUUGGAGCAGUGGGAAUUUGCAAUAGCUGCUAACAAGAAGAAUACAGAUCAACAUGUAGUGUAUCUUGGUUGGUCACUAGGAGAGGAAAAGAAUGACAUCGCUAAUGUUGAUAUCCAACGAGAUAACAUGCUACCAAAGAUUGGGCUUCAAGAAAACGAUGAUGAUAAUUUGAUACUGGGACUUUGCACUGAUAAAGUUUCAUGCUACGGAAAAGUUAAAGUUCAACUUGGAGCUGAGGAACAGAGAGAACUGUUGCCUUAUUGCAUUCUGCUGUGUCUUACACUAGAGGGAAAACUUGUUAUGUUUCAUGUUGCUAGUGUCAAUGCUAAUGCAGCUCAACCUGAGGUUCCCCUUUCUGAUGAAGAAGGGGAAGCUAGUGGUGCAGUACCUGUAGAGGAUGAAGUAUCAGAACCUUCUAUCAAACUGGAAGAACAGUUAGGGAAGGUCCCUAUAAAUCUUCAAUUGCAGGAUGUUGAUAAAAAGGAACUUGAUAAAGAAAAAUACAGUGAGGUUCUUAACAAAACUAACACGAAGCCUCCUGAUGUUACCGAAUCAUCAAUCACUAUUGCUGCUGAUGAAAUAUCCCAGGAAACCCCCCAUCCUUUGGUCAAGGGUUUUAGCAUGACAGGGGCUGAAGCAUUUUCAGGGUUUGAAUAUAAUGCUGCUCAGACUUCUACUCAGGCACUUGCAGGGUUUGGAUCUAGUGCUGCGCAAACAUCUACUCAGGGAUUUGCAUCGGGUGCUGCUCAAACAUCUACGCAGGGAUUUGCAGGGUUUGGAUCUGGCGUUGCUCAAACAUCUACACAGGGCUUUGCAGGGUUCGGAUCUGGCGCUGCUCAAACAUCUACACAGGGUUUUGCAGGGUUCGGAUCUGGCGCUGCUCAAACAUCCUUACAGGGAUUUGCAGGGUUUGGAUCUGGUGCUGCUCAAACAUCCACUCAAGCAAUUACAGCGUUUGGAGCUGGUGCUACUCAAACUUCUACUCAAGCAUUUGCAGGGUUUGGAUCUAGUGCUGCUCAAACAGCUACUCAAUCAUUUUCAAGGUUUGGCCCUGGUGGUAUUUCAGUUUCUGGAAAAAUGUUAGCCGACUCUGCUGUCCAGUUAAAUCGGAAGGAAUUACACACUAGUGUUGAGAUGGUCAAGGGGUCACCCAUAAAUGCUGGUUUGUUGAGAACUUCAUCUCAAUCAUUGCCAAGUGUAAAAUCCAUCUCUCCCAAGGAAACUGAUGCGAGUUCUCUAGUUGUACCUUCAAGCUAUAUUGAAAGUGAUGGUUCUGAAAAUGCUGGUCUUAAUGCUAAAAAUAUUGCAAUAAACAUUCCUGGAAAACAUGUCCAUUUGAAGGAACCUGUGGGUACUUCUACAUCAUAUAGUACUUCGGAUAGGCUGUUUCAGAGUUCGGGACAGAGACCUAUAACAACCCCUGGUAAUAUUGAGUCAUUACCUUCCAUUCGUGGGUCACAUGUCUCAUCACAGGAAAAGGCCAUACAUUCUGACUCUGCCAACCACAAGCAUCUUCCAACCAAGGAGAAUUAUAGAAAUCUGCACCAGUCGGGAAUGCUGAAUUCUGAACCAAAUUUUUCAAAACAAUUUGGCAAUAUUAAAGAUAUGACCAAAGAGUUAGAUAUGCUUCUACAAUCUAUAGAGCAACCAGGUGGUUUCAUAGAUGCCUGUACAGUUUCACAUAAGAGUUCAGUUGAGGCACUGGAGCAAGGAAUACAGACUUUGUCCGACAAAUGUAGUUUGUGGAAGAGCAUUAUGGAUGAGCGAGUUGGAGAGGUGCAGAAUCUUCUUGAUAAAACAGUACAAGUGUUGGCAAGGAAGGUAUAUAUGGAGGGCAUUGUCAAACAAGCAUCUGAUAGCCAAUAUUGGGACCUUUGGAAUCGUCAAAAAUUGAGUUCCGAACUUGAGCUAAAGCGGCGUCAUAUACUAAAAUUGAAUGAGGAAUUGACUAAUCAGUUGAUUGAACUGGAAAAGCAUUUUAAUAACAUUGAACUAAACAAAUUUGGGGAAAAUGGUGGAGUUCACGUGGGUAAGAGAUCUACUCAGAGCAGAUAUGGACCUUCAAGACAGGUUCAAUCCUACCAUAUUUUACAUAACACAAUGAGCUCACAGUUAGCUGCUGCAGAGAAACUUUCCGAGUGUCUUUCAAAACAAAUGGCAACUUUGAAUAUAGAAUCACCUUCGUCAAAGCAAAAGAAUGUCAAAAAAGAGUUGUUUGAAUCCAUAGGGAUUCCUUAUGAUGCCUCCUUCAGUUCUCCGAGUGCCACAAAAGCUAGUAGUAUCCAUUCAAAUAGUAAAGUCUUACUUUCUGGUUCUACUGCUGCUAAAGUCAAGUCAAAGGGAAAAUCAAGCGCCUUGAAGAGUUAUGGACAGGAGACUGCAAGGAGGAGAAGAGACUCUCUGGACCGGAGUUGGGCCAGUUUUGACCCUCCAAAAACAACUGUAAAGAGACUUCUUUUGCAAGAAAGCAAGCCAAGUGUGCCUACAGAUAAACAAAUAUUUAAUUCUCGCAUGCUAGAGAGAACAGCAGUAGCUCGCUCAAGGGAUCAUGCUUCUUCAACUUUCUCUCUGUCGCAAAACAGAGCUGGAAAUCUAGGUGAACCUGUGAAACAGGCUGAUCAAGAAACUCCAUUUGCAAGUGAUCGUCUGCAGUUGAACUUUUCAGGGAUGAAGUCUCCUACAUUGCAAAGAAACCUUAUGUCGUCAGCAUCUCAAUCGGGUUCUGUAGCAGGCCAACAGUUCAUGAGAGAUUCUAGCAAUAAAACUGCUGAAAAACUAGGUAGUGGCAUAAGUAUUUUUGAGAAGUCUGAUGCAGUCGCAGUGAAGGAGAACAAAACCUUUAUGAAAUCUGACACCGACCAGAAUCCAAAACCAUCAGUGCCUGCAAUGUUCCCCAGUCAAUCCCCCAUGUUUGUAAAGAAAACUACCGAAGAAAAUUCUAGUAAAGAGACUGCAUCUAGUUUGAUGGUAGACAGUGCAAAGAAUUCACCUUCAACCAUUAGUUUGUUUUCUGAUUCCAAGGGGAAGCUUGAUUCUCCAUUCUCUCGUGCAUCUUUUCCAGGAGUACAGAGUUUACCAAAAACAGUUGUACAGCCUGAUUCUGCACUAGGCAGAAGUCAACCUAGUGAAAAAGUUCUCUCUCCUCUGACAUCCUCAGUAUCACUUUCAGCUCCUAUGUCUUCCUCGUUUUCAACAUCUUCAGCUCCCCCGUCUUCAUUAUCUCUUACAUCCUCAACUGAUCAAACUUCACCAUUUUCUAUCAGCAAAUCUUGGACCAAUUCGAAUAGCAAUGCAAAUGCAAGUCAAGCUAGUUCAACAUCUUCGACAUUAGCUUUUCCUUCUCCAGUUCUACCUUCAGGUUCUUUUGAGGCUCCCAAGUCACCGACACCCCCAUCUUUCACACCACCAACCAUAUCCUUGAAUUCAGAGACUCCCAAGACAGAACUGAAGAGUUCUUCAAAAGCAGAUACUGACACUCCUACUCAAGCAUCGGCUGUGCCGCAUGGUGAGCUAGACACAAAGCCUAAACCUUCAGUGUCAUCUAACCAAGUACCAGCCAUCCUGCCUGGCCCUUCCAAAGGUCAAUUUGAUUUGAAUAUUACACCUUUAGCAUCAACCACCCCUAGAGUUGAAAAUACAGCAGCAUCAGCCACAGCCACUCCUAAAAUUGAAACUGCGAUGGCACCAGCACCAGCCACAGCCACUCCUAAAAUUGAAACUACAAUGGCAUUGACACCAGCACCAGCACUGGCAUCUGCGAGCCAACCAAGUUUCAAUAGUGCUGCUAGUCCCGCACCUAAUAUGGCAUUGAAGAACGUGGCAGAACAGCCGGCUUCUCUACCUGCUAUGUUCCAAGCACAAACUCCAACGUCUGGGGUUGUUAGCACUGGAAAUGGUAAUGAUAAUGAAGAUGACAUGGACGAGGAAGCUCCAGAGUUGAGUAACGCUGCUCAACUUAGUUUGGGAAGCCUUGGUGGUUUUGGUCUUGGCUCUUCUCCCAAUCCCUCCGCUCCUAAACCUAAUCCAUUUGGUGCUUCAUUCGGUAACCCAACAGCAAAUGUUGCAAGUUCUCCUUUCUCCAUGAGUGUUCCUAGUGGAGAGCUUUUUCGGCCUGCAUCAUUUAGCUUUCAAUCUCCACAACCUACACAAGCAUCUCCGCCUGCAAACUCAGGUGCAUUCUCUGGUGGAUUUGGCAAUGGGACAACUGCUCAAGCUCCCGCAAGUGGCUUUGGGCAGGCAUCUCAAAUCGGACAAGGGCAGCAAGCAUUGGGAUCAGUUCUUGGCUCUUUUGGGCAGUCAAGACAGAUUGGCACUGGUUUACCAGGAACUGGUUUUGGAUCCCCAAGUGGUUUCGGCAGUGGAUUUGCAGCAGCUUCCGGUUCUUCUGGUGGUUUCUCAAAUGCUGUUGGUGGGUUCGCUAGUAUGGCUUCAAGUGGUAGCGGGUUUUCUAGCUUGGCUGCAGGUGCUAGUGGAUUUGGUAAUGCAGCAGCUUCUGGAGGUGGUGGAUUUGCUGCGGCAGCUUCUGCUGGUAGGGGAUUUGCUCCAGCAGCUUCGCCAAGUGUUGGUUUUGGAGGAGCACCUCCAAGCGGUGGUGGAUUUGGAGCUUUCGGCAACAAACAAGGAAGUGGUGGCUUUUCAGCUUUUGGUAGCAAUGCAGCAGCUAGUGGAAAACCCCCUGAGCUUUUCACACAAAUGAGAAAAUAAAUUGCUAUUUCAAUUGAAUUUUGAGCAUUUCACACAAAUGAGAAAAUAAAUUGCUAUUUCAAUUGAAUUUUGGGCAUUUCACACAAAAUGAGAAAGUAAAUUGUUAGCAAGUUCAUAACAAUCAUAUUUGGAUUGAAUUUUGUUUAAUGUAAUAUAUAUGGUGAUCUCUCCCCAAUUUCCAGGGCUUUUUAUUUCUUCUUUAUUCUCUAAAUGGAUAAUUAUAAGAAUUUCCAAACUGAUGUUGGUAGUUUUUAAUCGUAAAAUAAAAGCACACUUCGUAGA